CCAGAAGCUACGCGGCGGUCGUGCCUGGAGCUCCAGUUGAAAGUGACGCCGGCCUUUUGCUUGUUCCCCUCCAUACUGAAGCCAAUCCUCAAUCGUCGUCUGCCUCCAUCGCCAGCAAAGCACCCGCUCACCGUCUCUGCCUUGCCAUUGCGUGCCAUUAAUCCUCUCUGAUUUCCUCCUUGGCUUCUGCGGCGCUGAAAGAGACUGCCCCUCCACAAUGUCCCGCCGUUACGAUUCCCGAACAACCAUCUUCUCGCCCGAAGGCCGUCUCUACCAGGUCGAAUAUGCGCUAGAGGCCAUCUCCCACGCCGGUACCGCCAUCGGCAUUCUCGCCAAGGAUGGAAUCGUCCUGGCCGCCGAGCGAAAGGUCACCUCGAAGCUGCUGGAGCAGGACACAUCAGCAGAGAAGCUCUACGUUCUAAACGACAACAUGAUCUGCGCUGUAGCAGGCAUGACCGCCGACGCCAACAUCCUCAUCAACUACGCCCGCCAAGCCGCCCAGCGAUACCUCCUCACGUACAACGAAGACAUUCCCUGCGAACAGCUGGUGCGCCGAUUGUGUGAUCUGAAGCAGGGCUACACACAGCACGGUGGUCUGCGGCCGUUUGGCGUUUCUUUCAUCUAUGCGGGCUGGGACCCCCGGAGACAGUUCCAGCUGUAUCUCAGCAACCCCUCAGGAAACUACGGAGGAUGGAAGGCCACAAGCGCGGGUGCCAACAAUGCCAGCGCGCAGAGUCUGUUGAAGCAGGACUAUAAGGAGGACUGCACGCUCAAGGAGGCAUGCGGCGUGGCUGUCAAGGUGCUUAGCAAGACCAUGGACUCUACAAAGCUGAGCAGCGAGAAGAUUGAGUUCGCGACGGUGGGGCAGACUGAGGAUGGCAAGAUCUACCACAAGCUGUGGAGCGCCGACGAGAUCACGGCACUGCUGAAGGAGCAUGAUCUGGCCAAGAGCGAGGAUGCAGAGGAGAAAUAAACAAACAAAUAAACAAAUAUUUAGAGGCGUUGAGACUAAACGAGUAGACUGACAAUGGGUACCUAAUGACACAUGCGCAUAUCAAAAAGGGGGGGAGAAAUAGCCCCUGUAACAAUACGAUGAUACGUCCCUAUGACAGGUAUACUUGUGAUGUAAGCGCUUCACAUUUCUUGCUUUUGGGUCAGCCAUUCUGUAGUUUUCAUUUUUCUUUCCAAGAGAAACAAGUAAAGCCAAAUAGAUGGCCAUGCACGCAAACAUGAGCAAAUCUCUUGGCUAUGGUAGACUGUAAAAUAGAU